AUGACUUUGAAACAAUCUGCGUCAAUUGAUGUUGGAUAUCCAAUAUUGGAUGCGAAAUUUAUCAACAACAAGACUGUUUUGGUGGCCGGUGGAGGUGGGGAAGGGAACAAUGGAAUUCCCAACAAGAUCACCGCCAUCAAAUGUAGUUUCAAAGUGAAUGAUGCUAAACGAAGACUACAAAAGUUUAGAGAAGUUCAAUUACCAGCGAAUGAAGACUCACCGCAAUGUAUUGAUGUGACAAGAUUAAUUGAUGAAAACGAGUAUAAUGUAGUUGUGGGAUGCAAUCAAAGUUCCGAAUUGAUCAAGUCUAUGAAUAUCAACAACAAUGUGAGAAAAUACAAAUUUAACAAGGAGGAACAUUUGAUAUUUGAUGAUGCAGCCCAAUUUGAGGAGGAGAUUAGUGGAGACACUGACGAGUACCCGAAGGUCAUUAAGAUCUCGCAGAACAAUAAUGUUGGGUGCUUGAUGACAUCGGCUUUGCCUUCGGUCUUGUACUUUUUCAAUCCGGAUGCUUUAGAAUUAAAAUUUAAGUAUAAACCACCAGGCAAUGAUGAGAUCAAAGAUUUCGCAUUCAGCCCAAAGACGGGGUCAAAGUUGUGUUAUAUUACGUCAUCGUCAGUCGUUUCAAUUUCCGCAGAAUCAAAUUCAGUUAUUGGUACAUCUACAACUGCAUCAGUGGACAAGCAAUUGCAAAAGUACAACUUGUCAAAAGUCAAGUUUAUUAAUGACAAUGAAGUUGUGAUAUCGAGCAGCGUUAAAGGUGGUAAAGGGGCAGCUUUAUUGAGAUACGAUUUGACUAAGCAAAAGAUUGUACAAGAACGAGUGAUUGCAAAGAAAUUGAAUAACAUUGUUGCUUUAGAUGUAUCUGUUCCACAAGAUUUGGUGGCAUUUGCUGGAAACGAUUUGAUAGUCUACAUUGUCAAACUUUCAAAUUUCAAAUUAUUAGAAACUAUCAAGAAAUUGCAUCCAUUUGCGAUUACAAGUGUUUCCUUCUCUCCAAACGGGACCAAGUUGGCCACAGGUAGUGCUGCGAAUAUUUUGAAUGUUGUUCGUGUACCGCCAAAAUAUGCAUCAGGCAAGUCUGUGAUUGGAACACUCUUGCAAUAUUUGUUUACGAUAAUAUUGAUAGCAGCACUUGGAGUCGGAAUCCAAAAAGCCCACGAAAAUGGCCAAUUGGAUGGCGUGAUUGAAUUACUGAACCAGUUCCUGAAAGACUAUCGUGAGGUUGGGUUGCAUUAUGGAAAAAUCGGAAAGGAUUUAGCUGGGGAUUAUGGAAAGGCGGGGUUGGAGUUGAUGGAGAAAUACGGAAAGAUAGCAUAUACCAUUGCAGAAGAGUAUGGAAACAAGUACGGCUCCAAAGCCAUUGACAUUUAUAAAGAAAAGUUUAGCAAGGCGGAUAUUGUACGUGAUGUUGGUGAACAAGCAAAGAAUACCUUGAAUGAUAUUGUACUGGAAGUGACUAGAGACUUGCAUGAGGAAACCAUCAAAACCGAUUUUGAUAGUGAAACAUUGGAUGACAUCAAGUUUACUACACAGAUUGUAGAAUCUUCAAUUGAGAUCACCGCUGAUCAGAGUUAUCAGUCCGAGUCCGCAAGUGAAGUCUCUACCGCAUCAACAGAACCCGUCACUGCCAUUCCAGAGUAUGAAAGCAUACACGAAGUCGUAAACAAUAACACAGUUGUUGAUGAAAACAAUCUUAACAAAGAAUAUGAACAACAAAGUUCUGUUAAUAAGGAAGAUGGUAUACAAAAACCCGAUACGAAUGAUAGUGCUACAGAUGUAAAUGAAGGGGAUUAUGUUGAUAUUAUUGAGGAAGUUACUUAUGAGGAAUUGGGUGCCAGAGAGGAGGUUGUAGCAUCUAACAGCGAAGCGCAACAAGAAGAAAUGGCCAAUAUUGUUGAUGACUCUGUCGCUGAUGAUGUUGACAACGUAGAAAUAGUGGAAGAGAUUGUGGAAGAAGUCGAACCUUCGUUAGAAGAACAUAUUGUGGAAGCCACCGAUUCUCAAGUUGCAGGAUUCGAAGAGGUUGAGGUUGUGGAGGAGGUUGUUGAAGAAAUGGAGCAUGCAGUAGAAGCAACUGGCGCUAGUGUUCACGAGAUGGAGGCAAAGUCGGAAGCCGCUAGUACAUCAAGCAAGGACAUUGACUAUACUGAAAUUGUCGAGGAAUUGUACGAAGAUGCGGUUGAAGAACCAGUAGCGGUUGAUAUGGAAAAAGCAGAGGCAUUGAAUAUAUCUAAUUCUAUUUAUCAAGAUGCCGAGAAGGAGGAGGGCUUUACAGGCGAUGAAACCAUAGAUCAAAAGGAUAGUCUAGAUUCAUCGAAAUAUGAGGACAUUGCAAAGCUUCCGAAUGAGGUAUCCGAUAUUGAAAAAGUGCAGGAUGCUGUAGAAGAGUCAAAACCAGUGGCUGGUGAAGAGAAUGUAAAGGGCGAAGCAAACCCUGUUACCCAAGAAGUACCACAAGCAGUACAAGAAUCGAAACCUGUUUCUGAUGAGCCACGAGAGAGUAUUUCUAUUAAAGGACCAGAGCCAGUUACAACUGAAUCUGAUAAGUCAAACCCCUCCCACAAAGAUGAGGCUUCUUUCAAUAUUGGAAAUGAGUCUCCCAUUGUCAAUGAAGCAGCCGGACACGUUCACAGUUCAUCAGUAGUAGUGGAACACCCCAUUGCUAGUGAAAUAAGCCAAGAAGUUACCUCUUCUGCGGUUGAAAGUCUUAGUGUGGAGAGUGUCGGGCCAGAGCAAGACAUUGAGACAGGAGCUGCCCAAUCAAAGCAAGCCCAAGAAGUGACUAGUUCAGAGAUGUCUGAUUCUCCUCCAAUCCAGCACUACAAUGACGAUGAUCACGCAAAUCCAGCAGUAGACCAGAGUGAGCAGGCUGAAUUCGCAGCCCAGUCAAGCUUUAACCAAGCACCAGAAGAGGAAACCUUUGUUGCACAAUCUGUUCAACAAGAGGCUAUCGCUGGUGUAGCCGAGGAACAGAAGUACACACCAGAGGAGCCCGUAUCAUUGGAAGAGCCCCAUACAGUUGAAAUAUCAGGAACCGGUGGAGUUGAUCCAACUCCACAAUCAAAUGAAGCGGAAAGUAUUGAGGAACCGCCAGUUUCAGUUUCAACUCCGUCAAGUGAAAAUGUCGUAGUUGAUCAGCAAAUUUCUUCAUUGAGUCCAGCUGAUGAAGAGGCCAGCACACUUGAACCUACUGGCACAACAGGAAAGGCUGUUGAAGAAUCAUUGCUUUCCAGUUCCUCAUCUGCGCCUUCAGCGCCACCUUCAGCGCCACCUUCAGCACCACCUUCAUCUCAAUCUGCCAAAAAGGUGACCAAGGUCGUCACUAGAACCGUCAAAAGAUCGCGAAUUACAACACCAACGGAAAAUGCAAGAGAAAAAGACGAGCUUUAG